AUGAAGAUGAGAGGAACCUGGCUGGGUGUGCCCCUGGGACACCUGCUGGCUCUGGGACACAGACACAAAUGGAGAAACAUGAUGGAUUCCAGAAAGUUCAGGCUGUUUGUCUGCCUGGUGGGGCUCAGCAGUGCCAGCCUCUGGGUUUUCCACACCUGGACCGAAUUCUGCAUGUUCUGUGAGAGCAGCCAGGGUUACCUAUUCCCCACGGAGACUUUCAGGAGGAUGGAAGGGAACUUCUCCCAGCUCCCAGACGUUGAGUGCCACAAGAACCCUCCUUUCCUUGUCCUGCUCGUGGCGUGUUCAUUCCAGCAGCUGGACGCCAGGAUGGCCAUCCGGCACACCUGGGGCAAGGAGAGGACAGUGGCUGGGAAGCGCCUGGUGACCUUGUUCCUCCUGGGGAGCCCUGUGGACGCCAGCCAGCAGGCCGACAUCGCUGCUGAGAGCCAGAGCUACAGAGACAUCAUCCAGAAGAACUUUACAGACACCUAUUACAACCUGACCCUGAAGACCAUGAUGGGAAUUGAGUGGAUUCACAGGUUUUGUUCCCAGUCCAGCUUUGCGAUGAAAACCGACACGGACGUGUUUGUCAACGUUUUUUACCUCACUGAGCUGCUCCUGAGGAAAAAGAAGAGCACUGGAUUAUUCACAGGCUUUUUAAAACUGCACGAGUACCCCAUCAGGACAAGAGGGAGUAAGUGGUAUGUGAGUAGGGAAGAGUACCCAGGAGCCACCUACCCACCCUUUUGUUCCGGGACUGGAUAUGUUUUAUCCAGCGACGUAGCCAGCCAGAUCUAUAACAUUUCUGAGAGUGUUCCAUUCAUUAAGCUGGAGGAUGUGUUCAUAGGGCUGUGCCUCGACAAAUUAAAAAUUCGGCUGGAGGAGCUUCACUCGGAGCAGACGUUUUUCCCAGAAAGGAUCAGGUUCUCUGUUCCUCGCUUUAGGAAAAUCGUGACGUGCCAUGGAGUAAAACCAUCUGAGCAGCUCAGCUACUGGAACCACUUAGUGGCAGCAACUCAAGGAGGAGUGCUCUAGCACCUACCCUGCUCCACUUCACAGACUGAAAUUCUCUGCUUUUACAGGGCUGCUCCCCACUCCGGCAAAAUCCCAAUUAACUCCAGCUCCAUCACGUUAAAGACUGUAGAAAUGGUUAUUUUAAUCACAGAAUCAGAGAAGUGUUAAGGUUGGAAAAG